GUCAGCCUCUCGGCCACUGACGGCCUGCUGUGCACGGCCCGGCUGCCGGCCGCGCUCACCGACGACGAGCUCACGCGCACCGCAGAGAUGUUCGGCCCCGUCCGCUUCGCCUUCGUGUUGCGCUCCGAGACGACAGGUGCCAGCAAGCGCUACGGCUUCGUCAUGUACGCCAGCAAGGAGGCGGCGUUCCACGCUAAGAGCCUGCUGGACGGCAAGGUGGUGGGCGGCGCUGCGAUCCUCUGCGACUGGGUGGAUCCGACGCACACCACCCUGAGAUCUUUGCAUUCCAAGUGUUUGCACGUCGCGAACCUGCCAGCCGGCUAUAAGAAUAUGGGCGAAUUUAGGCAGCUAUUCUCUUGCGUACAAAACCCUCCUUAUUGCCAAAUCGCCCUGAAGAACGGCUCGCCUCAAGACUGGGGCCUGGUGGAGUUUAUGUCGGCGGAGGUGGCCGAGCGCACGCAGCAGCGCAUGGCGAACCACGUGCUGCGCGGCAGCCAGCUGGAGGUGCACUUCUGCAUGCCGGGCGUGCGCGCCAUCGACAUCUACAUGCGACUGCUGAACGAGUCGGCGGCGCCGCGCGCGCGCUCGGCGCUGCUGCCGGACCCGCCGGCGCCGGCCGUCUACCAGCAGAUGAAGAACCUCAGCCAGCAGAACCCGGCGUUCGCGCAGAACCUGCAGAACAUCGUGACGUCGCAGAUCUCCGAGCUGCAGCAGGAGAUGGCGCAGGCGCAGAGCGGCUUUGCGCCGCCGCCGCCGCCGCCUCCGCCGCCGCCGGCACCCCCGACGUCGGCGCCACCGCCGCCGCGGCCGCCGCCG